UAUAAUCUCAACGUCUGGAGAUCCAGCUCAUAGUGUGAACGUGGAAGUCCCGUGGAACCUCUCCCAUAUUUUGGACCGAGUCUGAGACCUAAUCUGUUUGUUCUUUUCCUUUUCAGUUUAUUAAGUGAGUGCAUUGCAGGAUCGUACAUUAAUAAUUGAGACUGAGAGUUAGGAUAUUAAUUCCACUGCAUGUGUGACUGAUAAUCAAUAAAUACAACAUGGCGGAUCUAAAAUCGGAUCUCCAGUCGUAUCUCUCAUCCUCCUCCAAGUCCCUCUCCCAGUCCAGCAGCUCUCUGUCAUCUGGAGCCAAGAACACCAUGAACUCUAUGACCUCAUGGUUCUCUGGCUCAAAGAACAGUCAGGAUGAUGUGGAAGCAACAGGAAACCUUCUGACGGGUGCACCAAAAGAUGCUGCCAAAGACGGGGGAGACUCCAAUGGGUGGUUCACUCAGGCAGAAAAGGAUCCACUCUGUCCAUCUUUGAAUCGGCAACAGAGGAUCAUGGGAUUUGUUGGGUGCCUUCUGGCUGGUGUGUUCUGCUUUGUAUUGGCCUGGACCUUUGCUCCUCUCAUCGUCGUCAAACCAAGAAAAUUUGCUCUUCUCUACACACUGGGUAGCCUCUUCUCUGUCAGCAGUUUUUCUCUCCUUUGGGGUCCAAUGAAUCAUCUGAAACACCUUUGUUCUGCUCAGAGGUUCCCAUUCACAGCAACAUAUUUUGGCACAAUGUUUGCUACUCUUUACUUCUCCAUGAUUAAACAAGUUACCAUUAUGACAAUCGUUUGUGCAAUUCUUCAAAUGUUAGCCCUAAUUUGGUAUGUGAUGAGCUACAUCCCUGGUGGUCAGACUGGACUCAAGUUUUUCACCAAAGUGUUCACCUCUUUAGCAGGGAAAGCAGUAUCAAGUUCAUUACCAGUCUGAUCAAGCAAAGAUUCAAGAUGAGAGAAACUACUCUAAAAUAGAGAUACACCCAACCUCCUGUGACCACUAGGAUGAGUGGGAGGGGCCUCUGUUCUUGAGUGGUUAUACGUGAGGAAGUCAAGGACCGGUUCAUGCUAAAAGUUUCACAGACACUGUACCUCUCCAUCUGUUAAGGAGGUUUUGAACAUCCAAGCAGUUGGCAUGACAAGUUUCCGGAUGUGGAGAGUUCAGGGGAAAUUCCCCAUCAGAUGGAUGUCUAUGUGUGAUGGUGGCACUUGAAGAAUCUGAUGAUGAGAUGAUGGUUCGCUUUCAAGCUUUAUUUCUGACCUUUGCCUCAGAAGAAUCUGUUGAAGUGGUUGUCGAUGCUGGUAAAAAUGAGACAAAUAUGUUUCUCUAUGAUUGAGAGUUCAUUUGGUAUUAACUCUUUGUCCGCCGUGCACGGAAUCCCCUAUUGCCGGAUUAGUUCUGUGGACACCAGAAAUGGGUGCUCUGGAUUUGCAUGAGUAGUUUACAUGGCUGUAACUUUUUUAUGCUUUUUCCUACAGAAAAAUGUUCUCAGUAAAGUUGUAGAGUAUGAAAUUAGCUUUCUAUUGAUGUAUAUUCCAUAAUUAUUUACUCAUGUUUAGAAGAUAUAUCUCUGAUCAAUGGAAACCUUCAAAUUUCAAUUGGCAAACUGUAAGUGUACAGGCUAUUCAUUCCCAGAUUUUUACAAAAUAUGAGAACAAGCUACUUAUAACCCCUUUGUCAAAUAAUAAUAGUACAGGCUCAAUACACUAAGCCUAGGCUAUUUUUUUCGAUGGCAAGGCAGGAAGUGCAGCUUAGGGAGCUUAGCUUUUGUGAUUGAUAGCAUUGUGUAAAUCAAUGUAAUCGGAUUGUCGUGAGAUUUGUGCCGAUCGGUGUACUUGGCGAAGCAGCAAGUGUGCCAAUCGGCGAACUUGGCGGACAAAGAGUUAAGAGGAAGAAAGGAUAGCCUCAUUGAUGGAGCCAUGCAAGCAAAGAGGUGCACACCCCAUUUAUUCAUGUUAUUAUGUUUUAUUUAUGGACCAGGGGGCCAUUUCAUAAAGCUGUUCGUAAGUUAAGAGCGACUUUA